CAUGAGACAAAAGGCAUGAAUGAAAUUGGUUCAUUAAAUGGGUCAUGCAAAUCGUGGAUCACCGCGCUUCAAAAUGCCACCGUGCGUAUGGUUUUACGGUCAAGGUUGAAGACGAUACACUUGUGGAUGUGUUUAUAUCCUGUAUUUCUAUCAGUGUCACCGAACAAUGAAUACCUUCUCAAUUUUCCAGUUCUUCAUGGUUAUUGAUAUAUCUUCGUACGAAUGUCGCAUGUCGCAUCAGGAUCGCUGUUUCCCAUUUACUCGGGCAAUUAGGUUUUGUAAAUUCUUACCUUGGUUGAUUGGAAAGAGCAGCCCAGAAUCAUCGACACCUGCCCUCUAUUCACCCUUUGUCACUCACCAUCAACGACGAUUUGUGGUUACGAAUUUUCAUCACUUUCAUUUUACGCCGACGAACAAUAGAAUCAUCAAUUUCUCUAUAAACAUUUGUCCUCCCUCAAUAAUUCGACGAUAAUCAACCACAAACUUGCAUACGUGUCAGCAUGACAGAAACACUGCGUCGCCGCCUCCUCCUCGACAUUGCAGAACUACAAGCCAAACCAUAUCCAAACAUAUUCUUACAUGUCGAUGAUGAGAAUCUCAAUCACGCUUGCCUCAUCCUCACUGUGGAAGGAUACGGGCCUCCACAUAUGAGAGUUGACUUUCUCCCCGACUAUCCAAUUCAGCCCCCAAAUAUCGAUAUGGACUCUAAUAUAUCUCAUCCAAACAUCAUGGGGGGGCAAAUUUGCGCCUCCAUACUAAAUACUCCACCAGCCUACACGUUGAAAGGGUUGGCAAUUCAGUUGUUCAGCUUCUUUGCAAGUGAUGCAAUCUAACAAGUCAAUGGAAGGGGACGUGUAUACUUGCAGGACUAUCGAGCGAGGUCUAAGGCUGCCGAUGGAAGGACGAAUUUCUUUUGUGGAAAGUGCCGCUUUGCUAUCAAUAUUGCUGAGAAUGAUGAAAUUCCAAUUCGUGAUGGGUCCUUGACGAUGGAUCUCAACACGGUAGAACCGCAGGGUAAAUUUUCCAGAAGUUCAAAAAAUCCUCUCAAAGGAAGCAUACAAGAAUCUGAACUUCCAGAUGAAGUUCUCUUGUUGAUUUGUGAUAACUUGGAUACCGAAGACCUUUUGCUACUUGGGAAGGCCUGAGACAGAGUAGCCGAUAUGGUGGCGCAGUGAGUCCAUUCCAAAAUUAGCCACUGCAAGAAAUUGGGCAAAAUGCUUACAAUUCGCUGCAAGCUAUGACACUGAUCCGCAAGCGGGAACUGCAAUGUUUUCUCUCCAAGCAGGGUUACAAAACAGCCAGCUUGGAAAUUGGGGUGGCGGUGGUUUGGGAAGGCAUACACAACGGGACAGUUUCUUCCGAGUUUGAUUUAAUAUCCCACGAGGCGUUUUGGACACAUCAAGUUCGGCGUUCAGUACAAGGCAUCGGAUUCCAAUACUGGCUUCCUUUACCAAUUUCCGAAGGACAUUGAGAGAAGGUACAACCGUUGGCCGACCGGCAUCUGAGAUUGACCAAAAGAGCAGCGGGAUUUGGUCAUAUUCCGCCCUUCAAGCUGAUUUUUCAUUUCAUGAAUGAUGUGGUGGUGAAGUUCAUCAAGGAUGCUUCAGGAAACACUAACAAUUCCUCCGAUGUAAA